AAAAAAGAGAGAGAAAACACAAUGUGCAUGGGCACACACACACACACAAAACUCUGGAGAUUAGGGAAGACAAAAACUCCGCUGCUCGCUGGAGCGCAGGGCAGCCCCGCGGCGGAGAGGAGGGAGAGGCGGGCGGGGAGGAGGGCUCGGAUGCGGGCAGGUCUGCCUGCCUGCCUGCCUGCCUGCUGCCUGCCUGGACGUGGGGAACGGCUGCAGGCACGGGAAGGCGUGACCUGCAUGGAAAAUGCCAGGCAGCUCCAGACGCACACACACAUAGGCGCACACCCGCUCGCAAAUCUCCGGACAGAGAUAAGGCGGACAGCGGAGCGCUGGGAAAGAGGAAAGAGGCAGAGCCGUCCCCGGCAGGCGAGCCACCAAUCUCCGCACCAAACCCGCCGGGAAGCGCUCGCAGCCGCACGAUGAGGUCCCCCAUGGCGUGGCCGUUCUGUGCCUUGCUGCUCUGCGUGGCAGAUGCCGUGGAGCUGACAGACAUGUUUGGGGAGAUCCAGUCUCCCAACUUCCCCGACUCCUACCCCAGUGACUCGGAAAUGACGUGGAACAUCUCCGUGCCUGAUGGAUUUAAAAUCAAGCUGUACUUCAUGCAUUUUGACCUGGAGUCAUCCUACCUCUGUGAAUAUGACUAUGUGAAGAUUGAAACUGAGGACCAGGAGCUGGCAACCUUCUGUGGCAGGGAGACAACGGACACAGAGCAGGCUCCAGGACAGCAAGUGAUCCUGUCCCCAGGACCCUACAUGGGGCUCACUUUCAGGUCUGACUUCUCCAACGAGGAACGCUUCACCGGCUUCGAUGCCCAUUACACUGCUGUGGAUGUGGAUGAGUGCCUGGAGAAGAGUGAUGAGGAGCUGGCUUGUGACCACUACUGCCACAACUACAUCGGCGGGUACUACUGCUCCUGCAGGUUUGGCUACAUCCUCCACUCCGACAACAGGACCUGCAAAGUGGAGUGCAGUGACAACCUCUACACCCAGAGGAGCGGGGUGAUCACCAGCGCCGACUUCCCCAGCCCCUACCCCAAGAGCUCGGACUGCCUGUACCGGAUCGAACUGGAGGAGGGAUUCUUCAUCACCCUGGACUUUGAGGACAGCUUUGAUGUGGAAGACCACCCCGAGGUGACCUGUCCAUAUGACCACAUCAAGAUCAAAGCAGGCCAAAAGGAGUUUGGACCUUUCUGUGGAGAAAAGUCCCCAGGACGCAUUGAAACCCAAACCAACAGUGUGCAGAUCCGCUUCCACAGUGACAACUCUGGAGAGAACAGGGGCUGGAAGUUGUCAUACACAGCAAUUGGAAACCCGUGCCCACUUGUGCAACCACCGAUCAAUGGGAAAAUUGAGCCUUCUCAAGCCAAGUACACAUUCAAAGACCAGGUUGUCAUCAGCUGCAACACUGGAUACAAAGUGCUGAAGGAUAACGUGGAAAGUGACUCCUUCCAGAUCGAGUGUCUGAAGGAUGGCACAUGGAGUAACAAGAUCCCUAUCUGCAAAAUUGCUGACUGCAAAGCGCCGCCGGAGCUGGAGCACGGCUUUGUCACCUUCUCCACCAGGAACAACCUGACCACCUACCAAGCAGCCAUCCAGUACCACUGCCAGCACCCCUACUACCACAUGGCCCCCAACAGCACCGCCACCUACACGUGCGAUGCAUUGGGGCGGUGGAGCAGCGAGGAGCUGGGGACCAGGCUGCCGUCCUGCCGACCAGUGUGUGGCCGGCCAGCUCGUCCUCUGCCUGGCAUCAUCAAGCGCAUCAUCGGCGGGCGGAACGCGGAGCCCGGCUUCUUCCCCUGGCAGGCCCUGAUUGUGGUGGAGGACAUGUCCCGGGUGCCCAACGACAAAUGGUUCGGCAGCGGGGCCCUGCUCUCGGAGUCCUGGGUGCUGACAGCCGCCCACGUGCUCCGGUCCCAGCGGCGGGACAAGACCAUCAUCCCCGUCUCCAAGGAGCACGUCACCGUCUAUCUGGCCCUCCACGAUGUGAGGAACAAGAUGGAAGCUGUCAACAGGACCGUGGAGAGGAUCAUCCUCCAUGAGGAGUUUGACAUCCAGAACUACAACCACGACAUCGCGCUGGUCAAGCUGAAGGAGAAGGUGACCAUGGGGAAGUAUGUCAUGCCUGUCUGCCUGCCCCAGUUUGAGCACGAGCUGGAGGGGCCUCACCCCAACACGCUGGGGCUGGUGGCUGGCUGGGGAAUCUCCAACCCCAACAUCACUGUGGACGAGAUCAUCAGCUCAGGCAUGAGGACCCUGUCUGACAUUCUGCAGUACGUCAAACUGCCCGUGGUGCUGCACGCCGAGUGCAAGACCAGCUACGAGUCGCGCUCGGGCAACUACAGCGUGACCGAGAACAUGUUCUGCGCCGGCUACUACGAGGGGGGGAAGGACACUUGUCUGGGGGACAGCGGGGGAGCCUUCGUCAUCCAGGACCCGGGAACGCGGAGGUGGGUGGCCCAAGGGCUGGUCUCGUGGGGUGGCCCAGAGGAGUGCGGCAGCAAGCAGGUGUACGGCGUGUACACCAAGGUCUCUAACUACGUGGACUGGGUGGAGCAGAAAACAGGCUCCUCAGAGAGAUGGACAUUUCUGGACCCAGAGCUGGAGAGAUGAGUGACUAAGCAGCCUGCUGCCACUGCGGCUCCCUUUCUUCUUGUUAUUGUUUAAUGUGCUCCAGACUCGGGUCUUUCGCAAGCAAUAGCCACGAUACUCCACGCACGCCAAGCCCUUGCCAGGUCAUUUGUUUCGCUUGGUCCCCCAUCCCUUCGCCUGCAUUCUUAGGAAAUGCUUGCUAGGGAGCUGAAGGGAGGGGGCGAAGGACAAGAUCUCAGCUGGUGUCCUCCGCAUGUGCUGCCCAUCUGCAAACCUCACCCACACUCCGGGGAACUUCCCUGCAAGCCAGGAAAAAGGCACAGCAAUUGAGACAGCGUUUCUCUGACACCAAAGCUUUGUGCCAUGCACAGGGAAUUGUCCCCACCCCCAGGGCUCUCCGGCCAGAUCUCUCCAUCAGAAGAUGCAACUACAGAGCUUCAGAGCCUGUGGACAGUGCAGGAAACCCACGUGGGCAGGCCUGGGCCUCACAGGUUCCCCAUGCUGGUGAACCCCUUUUCUGUGCAAGGAGUAGUGAGACAGUCCUGGGAGUCUGCCAUUAUUUUUAUAUGCAAAUAAACAUCCCAUCUUGGUGGCAUCUCAGGUGAUAUCCACCUGGCCCCAAAGAUGUGAGGAUGCAUCCACAUAUAGCCCUAAAUUUCAGCCAUGGCUGCCAAGACAGCACCAGUCCAAAUGGGAUACCUGUAUCCCUCCAUGUGGGAUGAGUCACCCACAAAGGACAGGGAGCAGGGGCUGGACUCAGCAUCACCCUGACCUCCAGUCACAGAAAUUUCUCCAGUCUUCUAUCACCUGAAGCCCUCUCCAGUCCCACCCCAAGUUUAGCUCUGUGGUUUCCAGCCACAGCAGACCUCCCAAGGAAAGUUUUCCAUCACAAGACAGCUUCACAUUGGCUGGAUCUAAGCAAUACUUAUUUUCAGCAGAAGCAUAAAACACCCUUCCUUGGCUUUCAUCUCUUUCUCAGGGGCCUGGUUAGUCCUGCAUGACAGUUUAUUUACUCUUUCAAGAACCUAGACCCUUUUAACUGCUUUUUGAGGCCACUGAUUUAGCUGAUUUACAGGUUACCAGUGGUGUUCAGUGUUUGUUCAUGGCUCUUGAGGCCUAUUGCAGGUGUCUAAGUCCUUCUAGACUGACUCAAACCCACUAACACACCAGAAGUAUUCAUAUCUCCCCAGCUUCCAUCCAUGGUCCAUGCAGACAAGUCCCAACAAGGAACAAGGUCAGGUGAGAUGUCCUUCCUUCAGCAGGGAAACCUCCUUCACUUGCCAGCAAAGCCCUCCUAUAGCUGUAAGCAACAUGCAAAAAUUGCUUGCUGCAUGCCUGUAGCCUCCUUCAGGCCUCUCCUUCUCCUGCUUCUCCUUUGGUUUUUCCAUGAAAGGAAGAAGCCAACAGCAGAUGAGACACUCUGAUAUUUUGCUAUCAUCCAAAAUGCCAUUUGUAGAACUUGUAGAGGAGCAGAAGGCCUAAAGAAGGUUGAACUUGCAGAUACACUAUGAACUAUACUCUUGGCUAUGUCAUGUAACUGCAAGAUAUUUUUUUAAUAUAUAUGUAUUGCUUUUUUAAUAUAUAUUACAUUCUGUAAAAUACCUGAUGUCAGGUAAGGAUGGUUCUCUCAGUCUUCCUCCUGAGAACAAAAUAAAAUUUUUGU